AUGCCUGUCGACGUGCAGCCCGACCGAGUAGUACUCAAGCACCCAAAGGGGGCUUCCGCCGAAAUUCUCUUCUACGGAGCAACUGUGAUUUCUUGGAAAUCUGGCAGUAGUGCAAAUCCAGAAGCAGCAGAGAGGCUCUUCGUCUCCUCCAAGGCUGCCUUCGAUGGUAGCAAGCCUGUGAGAGGUGGCAUUCCAGUAGUUUUCCCCUGCUUCGGUGCACCCACCCACCCGGAGCAUUCAAAGCUCUCGCAGCACGGGUUUGCUCGCAGUGAGAAAUGGAUCCUCGAGAACAUCGUCAUGGACAAUGAGGCCGGGGUAUCUGUUAGAUUCGCCCUCGAACCGACUGCUACCAUUCAAGCGAAAUUCGAACGGCCUUUCCACCUCUCGUACGUCGUGACUCUGGCCGAACAUCAGCUAUCCACCGCUCUCCAUGUCAAGAACACCGCGUUGUCAUCUACAUCGCCUCUCGAAUUCCAGGCUCUCUUACACAAUUACAUCCGUGCGCCGUCCAACGAAGUACUCGUAUCUCCAUUGCAAGCCUUGUCCUACUACGACAAGACAGAAGCUACGGAGGAAUUGCGCAGCACGCCGAAGGUGGAAACGAGGGCUAGCGUAGAUGUGAAGACCUUCACGGACUCCGUUUACGAGAACGCGCGUGGUAAAUAUGAGAUAGCCUGGCCAUCUGGGACUCUUGAAGUUCGGGCGCAUAACUUCAAGGACGUAGUGGUGUGGAAUCCUCAGAAAGAGGCUGGUUCCAAGAUCGGCGACAUGGAGGAUGGUGGAUGGGAGAGAUACAUCUGUGUCGAACCAGGCUAUGUUCGUGGGUUUGUGAAAUUGGAUGCUGGUCAGACAUGGAUUGGACAGCAAGCUCUGACGGUUUUAAAUUGA